AUGGGUGCUCAAAAAUUUGUGGACAUCCAGGCCCUCAAAGAUUUACACAUAUACAAGGGUGUUCAGAAGCUUUUUAAAAACAUAGGAUGGGAGGGUCUUUUGAAUCUUCAUGCAGUUAGUUUCCAAACACCGAUGUUGGAACUUUUGUCUUCCAUUACCUUUGACUAUCAAACCCAUCUCCUAACUUUCCGUCUGCUCAACCAAACCCAUCAAUUUCAUGCUGAUAUCCUUUGCGAUAUGAUUGGUGCUCCUAAAGCAAGAAGGGAUAUAUACACAGCUAAGGGCACUGCCAAAGCUUCUAGCAUUAUCCAUCCGGUCUUGAAAGUAGCUCACCGGAUCAUUGCUUCUCUCUUAUUCCCUCAAGAAGAGAUUAGCAAGGCUAAUAAGAAAGAGCUAGAAGUCUUGUGGUGUAUGAUUAACAAGCCUGCAGAAGUCCCUCAUUUUGGUUGUUGGGUUAUUCAAAAAAUGCUCAGAAGUGCUACGAGCAAUGGUGGACAGCUACAUUGUGGAGGCAUGGUUUCUAUUAUUGUAGAGCAUCUUGGCCUCCAUCUACCUAAUAACCCAACAAACAUCAUCAUGGGCCGUACUCGUCUAUCAAUUGAUGUUAUGGAAACAAUGCAUCUCUUCCACCGCCUUCCCACUGGGGAUAUUCAUUGGACAGUAGAUGGGAAAGAGUAUCUACGUAUAGAAAGUAGAAAUAAGAAGAUACUCAAUUUAGCCAAUGAUAUCCCAUCAACUAAUUGGAAACUCAGAUCCAACUUAGGUGUUACAGUAGACCAUAGUCCUCCAUCCUCUCCUCCUCCUGCUCCUACUGCUGGUGCUUCUAGCUCCUGUCGCCCUAUUCCUUUUUCUGAACAUAAUCUUUAUAUGGGCGAGUUUGCGUGUUUGAAUCAUCGUUACACCAGUCUACAACAGGAAGUCGGGGACAUUUAUACGGGUGUCGCUGAAAUCACUUCUGAUUUUCAGGACUACCGUAACUUACAGGAAGAGCAUUGGGCCCAACAAGAGUUGCGGUGGGCUGAGCAAGAUCAAAGAUGGGCUACUCAAGUGCAGCACAACCGCAACAUUCACCAUCUGCUGAGUGAUAUCCAUUUGAGUUCUUGUGCUCCCCACACAGUCGCAGCAGCCAUCAGCAUCCCAACCCCAAUGGCCUCCAUACUAUCCUACAGAUUACCCUUCACAGUUCCCUCCAUAUCCUCCGCCCGAUCCUCAAUAGGACGGCUACGCCUCUCUCCAAGCAUCGAGGACGAUGCUAUACUUUAA